AUGGAGGCUCAGGGGGCCACGUCCGGGUGUACUUGGAGCCCCUGGGAGGGCUGGUCCCCACCCUCCAUGAUUCAGCAGGACGAAGACGUCGGGCCACACUCAGAGACGUACUGCUCGGGGCAGCCACCCGCGCCCGCGCCCUUCGCAGAAGUGGUCAAAGCCACGUUGAGAACACUUCAGAUGAUUUUCCAAGUAGCAGGGACAGAAGCUCUCAGGACCGCUGUCCUCGUGCUGCCGAGUGCCAAGCCCCCCUCCUUGGUGAGGCCUCGGAGAAGAAACGUCUCCCAAGACCUGCAGGCCAGGUGCUGCUGUCCAGCCUGGAACCCCAACCAGACCUCUGGCAGCUGGGACCGGCUGAACCCAGAGCAGCCCUUCUACCACGUGGAGAAGGUGCCUCAGACACAGCCCAGGGCCAGCUCUGCGCAGCUGAUAACAACGGAGAGGCGCGCAUCUGCGCCAGCCCCGCCGGCCCCCGGCCCCGGCGCCCUCCGUGCCAGCUCCGCCGCGCAGCCCCCACCCUGGCCGCCCCCACCCGCGGUGAGCGCCUCCCCGACGCCGUCCCCCGGGGGCAAGGAAGGGCUGGAGACUGCCUGGCCCCCCGCGACCAACGCCAGCGGCGCCCCGGCUGCGGAGGAGGCGGCAGGGUGGACCUGGGGCGUGGGGUCAGCAGGCAAGGUCGCCAUCCAGUGCGUCGACGCGCUGGUGUGCCCGGUGGGCCUGGUGGGCAACGCCCUGGUCGUCUUCGUGAUCCUCCGCUACGCCAGGAUGAAGACGGCCACCAACAUCUACCUGUUGAACCUGGCCGUGGCCGACGAGCUCUCCAUGCUGAGCGUGCCCUUCGUGGCCUCGUCGGCCGCCCUGCACCACUGGCCCUUCGGCCCGGCGCUGUGUCGCGCGGUGCUGAGCGUGGACGGCCUCAACGUGUUCACCAGCGUCUCCUGUCUGGCCGUGCUCAGCAUGGACCGCUAUGUGGCUGUGGUGUACCCGCUGCGCGCCGCCACCUGCCGCCGGCCCGGCGUGGCCAAACGGGUCAGCUCCGGUGUGUGGCUGGCGUCCUCGCUGGUCACCCUGCCCUUCGCCGUCUUCGCAGACACCAGGCCGACUCGCAGCGGCCGGGCAGUGGCCCGCAACCUGCACUGGCCGCACCCAGCCUGGUCUGCGGUCUUUGUGGUCUACACUUUCCUGCUGGGCUUCCUGGCCAUCGGCCUGUGCUGCCUGCUCAUCGUGGGCAAGAUGCGGGCGGUGGGGCUGCGGGCCGGCUGGCAGCAGCGGAGGCGCUCGCAGAAGAAGAUCAUGUGGCUGGUGCUGACGGUGGUGGCCGUCUUCGUGCUCUGCUGGAUGCCUUUCUAUGUGGUGCAGCUGCUGAACCUGUUUGUGACGGGCAUGGAUGCCACUGUCAACCACGUGUCCCAUCUCAGCUACACCAACAGCUGCAUCAAUCCCAUCCUCUAUGGCUUCCUCUCCGACAGCUUCCACCAAUCUUUUCUGCGAAUUCUCCGCCUGUGCUGCUGCCUCCUGGAUGCAGCUGGCGGUGCACACCAAGAGCCGCUGGACUGCUGUGCCACUGUCCUCAAGAGUAGAGGGGGGGAUUCUGGAGGCACAUGCCCCCUGCUCCCCCGUCAGCAGGAGCCCAGGCAACAAAAACCUGGCUCCAAGCAGGUCCCCCUCACCAGGACCACCACCUUCUGA